CUGACGGACGGGCGAGGGGCGGGGCGAGCGCGGCGGGGCCCCGAGUCUGCCGCCCGCCGCCGAGCCGCGCCCGCUGCCGCCCGAGCCCAUGCGCCGGGUCAGCCGCGCGACCCCGCCCCGGCCCGGUCCCCGGGGCAGUCGCGCCAGCGAGCGGUGGGCCGGGAGACUGGGGCGGCGGCCCCCCGGACUCAGCCAUGACCGAGUACAAGCUGGUGGUGGUGGGCGCUGGCGGCGUGGGCAAGAGCGCCCUGACCAUCCAGCUCAUCCAGAACCACUUCGUGGACGAGUACGACCCCACCAUCGAGGACUCGUACCGCAAGCAGGUGGUCAUUGACGGGGAGACCUGCCUGCUGGACAUCCUGGACACGGCGGGCCAGGAGGAGUACAGCGCCAUGCGGGACCAGUACAUGCGCACCGGCGAGGGCUUCCUCUGCGUGUUCGCCAUCAACAACGCCAAGUCCUUCGAGGACAUCCACCAGUACAGGGAGCAGAUCAAGCGGGUGAAGGACUCCGACGACGUGCCCAUGGUGCUGGUGGGGAACAAGUGUGACCUGGCGGCUCGCGCCGUGGAGUCCCGGCAGGCACAGGACCUGGCCCGCAGCUACGGCAUCCCCUACAUCGAGACCUCCGCCAAGACGCGGCAGGGCGUGGAGGACGCCUUCUACACACUGGUGCGCGAGAUCCGCCAGCACAAGCUGCGCAAGCUGAGCCCACCGGACGAGGGCGGCCCGGGCUGCACGAGCUGCAAGUGCCUGCUGUCCUGAUGCCUUCGCCGCCGCCGCCGGUGACCCCGCAGCCCCCCCACGGCAGGCACCACAGCCCGGGGUGCAGGCAGGAGGGCCCCAGUGAGGAGGCCGUGCCCGACGUGCAGUCGGGAAGGGGACGGACACGGACGCGGCCCCGCCCCUCACCAAGGACACUUUGCACAGACUGUCUGGAACUGCCGCCACGGCCCCACCGCCCCCAGCCCGCCGGGCCCUGGGGUGCAGGUGGGAUCACAGUAAAUUAUUGGAUGGUC